GGCCUUUUGUAAAUGGCCACCAGCCCCUGCACUGCCAGCGUCCGGCCGUUUAUUUAUCUCAUCAUCUUGACUAUUGUAACUCCCUCCUCAUUGGCCGACCUCAUCGCAGGCUAUCCCCUCUUCAACUCAUCCACCUUACUAACUGCCACCCCUCUCUGCAAAUCCCUCCACUGGCCUCCACUCAGUGUCCUCCAUCCCUCUCUGCCAAUCCCUCCACUGGCCUCCACUCAGUGUCCUCCACCCCUCUCUGCCAAUCCCUCCACUCAGUGUCCUCCACCCCUCUCUGCCAACCCUCCACUGACCUCCACUCAGUGUCCUCUACCCCUCUCUGCCAAUCCCUCCACUCAGUGUCCUCCACCCCUCUCUGCCAAUCCCUCCACUCAGUGUCCUCCAUCCCUCUCUGCCAACCCUCCACUGACCUCCACUCAGUGUCCUCCACCCCUCUCUGCCAAUCCCUCCACUGGCCUCCAUUCAGUGUCCUCCACCCCUCUCUGCCAAUCCCUCCACUGACCUCCACUCAGUGUCCUCCACCCCUCUCUGCCAAUCCCUCCACUGACCUCCACUCAGUGUCCUCCACCCCUCUCUGCCAAUCCCUCCACUGGUCUCCAUUCAGUGUCCUCCAUCCCUCUCUGCCAACCCUCCACUGACCUCCACUCAGUGUCCUCCAUCCCUCUCUGCCAAUCUCUCCACUGGCCUCCAUUCAGUGUCCUCCACCCCUCUCUGCCAAUCCCUCCACUGACCUCCACUCAGUGUCC